UGCACGUUGCUUGCCCAACAGUUAUUGCUUCGGAGCUGUGUGCACAGCCGUGAUCUGUCCUUCCUUGAUGUACUCAGGACUGUCAUGCAGACCUUCUGUCCUCUGACUGAGGAAGGAAAGAGGAGUGUUCCUGCCUGGCUGCCAAGCCAACCCAGUGCAUGUUCCCUUCCCGAGUAAUGAGUCUGUGAUCCAGAUUUGCCUGUCAACUCUCAAGCUGCCUUUGACUACUCCAGAUAGGUGCGACACGUUGAAUCUGACAUGGUUCUUCCCAGCUGUGAUGCUGCAGAUGGGAUUCUGACUAUGAGGAAGGAGCACUGAUAGGAUUGAUCCGACUCACUGGUGUUUCUUCUGAUUCAGCCUGGCAGCAGAGGGACUGGAGCUGUAACUAUUGUUUGUUCAUUUUACCCUAGUGGAUAGGAAAAGAAGGAGCUCCGCAAACUAAAAAGAAAUAGAAGACGUUAACCCACCUUGUUCAGAGCAAACACUAAAUCAGCACAAUAUGGCACAACAUAGCAUUGUCCUUGGAAUAUUCAUGAUGACUGUUUUAUCACUGCUACAUGGAAGUUCAGCUUUCCUAUUAAAUCAACGUCUGAAGGGAAGAUUUCAGAGAGACCGUAGAAACAUCCGUCCAAACAUCAUUCUUGUUCUUACUGAUGAUCAAGAUGUAGAACUUGGUUCAAUGCAAGUCAUGAAUAAGACGAGGCGAAUCAUGGAACAUGGAGGCGCUCACUUCAUCAAUGCCUUUGUGACGACACCCAUGUGCUGCCCAUCUCGCUCCUCUAUUCUUACAGGGAAGUACGUCCACAACCACAACACUUACACUAACAACGAGAACUGUUCUUCUCCAUCCUGGCAGGCUCAGCAUGAAAUACGGACGUUUGCUGUGUACCUCAACAACACGGGGUACAGAACAGCUUUCUUUGGAAAGUACCUGAAUGAAUAUAAUGGUUCCUACGUGCCUCCUGGUUGGAAGGAAUGGGUUGGAUUGCUUAAAAACUCUCGAUUUUAUAACUACACACUCUGCAGAAAUGGAGUGAAGGAGAAGCAUGGAUUUGACUAUUCCAGGGAUUAUCUGACUGAUCUGAUCACCAAUGACAGUAUUACCUUCUUCAGAAUCUCAAAGAAGAUGUAUCCUCACAGGCCUGUGUUGAUGGUUAUAAGCCAUGCUGCUCCUCAUGGUCCUGAAGAUUCAGCACCUCAGUAUUCGCAUCUCUUUCCCAAUGCCUCUCAACACAUCACUCCUAGUUAUAACUAUGCUCCAAACCCAGACAAGCACUGGAUAAUGAGGUAUACAGGGCCCAUGAAACCUAUACACAUGGAGUUCACUAACAUGCUGCAGAGAAAGCGUCUUCAAACCCUCAUGUCUGUGGAUGACUCUAUGGAGAUGAUUUAUAAUACGUUGGUUGAAACAGGAGAACUGGACAAUACCUAUAUAAUAUACACAGCUGACCAUGGUUACCACAUUGGGCAGUUUGGGCUAGUGAAAGGAAAGUCCAUGCCCUAUGAGUUCGAUAUCAGAGUUCCUUUCUAUGUCCGAGGUCCAAAUGUGGAGGCCGGGUCCUUGAAUCCUCACAUUGUGCUGAACAUUGAUCUUGCACCCACAAUUCUAGAUAUUGCUGGACUCGAUAUUCCAUCUGACAUGGAUGGUAAAUCCAUUCUGAAGCUUCUAGACUCUGAGAGACCAGUGAAUAGGUUCCAUUUGAAGAAGAAGAUGAAGGUGUGGAGAGACUCCUUCCUGGUGGAGCGGGGUAAAUUGCUGCAUAAGAGAGAGAACGAGAAGGUAGAUGCCCAAGAAGAAAACUUCCUACCCAAAUACCAGCGUGUGAAAGACCUGUGUCAGCGAGCUGAGUAUCAAACAGCCUGUGAACAGCUUGGGCAGAAAUGGCAGUGUGUGGAAGAUGCCAGUGGGAAGCUCAAGCUACACAAGUGCAAGGGAAUGGCCAACUUGGCAGCUUCAGGCAACAGCAAAGGCACCUCCAACCUUUUGCCCAAGUAUUACAACAGGAACAGUGAAGACUGCAAUUGUGAAGAGAACGAAUACAAGCUGAGCCACGUCGGUCGGAGAAAGAAACUCUUCUCCAAGAAGAAGUACAAGCCAAGCUACGUCCGGAAUCGCUCCAUCCGCUCUGUGUCUGUCGAGCUGCAUGGAGAGGUUUACAACUUCGGGCUCGAGGAUGGAUUCCAGCCCGUGGUGCCGAGGAACGUCACCAGGAGGCACAAGGUGCAGAGGGCUGCUGCGCGUGAAGAGGAGGAGAGAGAUGUGGGGGAAUACAGCGGCACUGGCGGCAUUGCCGAGUACGCAGCUCCCAACCUAAUAAAAGUGACGCACAGGUGCUAUAUCCUGGAGAAUGAUACUGUUCAGUGUGACACAGAUCUGUACAGGUCACUGCAAGCUUGGAAGGACCAUAAACUUCAUAUUGACCAUGAGAUUGAGACUUUGCAAAAUAAAAUUAAAAACCUGAGGGAGGUGAGAGGGCAUCUGAAGAAGAAGCGACCUGAAGAAUGUGAUUGCAACAAGCUAAGUUACCAUUCAAAACAUAAAAGCAAACUGAGACAUAGAGGAUCACAUCUUCAUCCUUUCAAGAAAGCCCUCCAGGAGAAAGACAGGCUGUGGCUGCUUAGAGAACAGAGGCGAAAGAAGAAGCUGCGCAAGCUGCUGAAGAGAAUAAAGAAYAACGACACGUGCAGCAUGCCCGGCCUGACCUGCUUCACCCACGACAACCAGCACUGGCAAACGGCCCCGCUCUGGACACUGGGCCCUUUCUGUGCCUGUACCAGUGCCAACAAUAACACAUACUGGUGUCUGAGGACAAUCAACGAGACGCACAACUUCCUCUUCUGUGAAUUUGCUACUGGGUUUUUGGAGUAUUUUGAUCUCAAUACUGAUCCAUACCAGCUAAUUAACGCAGUAAAUACGCUAGAUCGAGAUGUUCUUAAUCAACUGCACGUCCAGCUCAUGGAACUGAGAAGCUGCAAAGGCUACAAACAGUGCAACCCGAGAACGAGGAACAUGGAGCUGGGACUUAAAGAUGGAAGCUACGAGCAAUACAGGCAGUUUCAGCGUCGAAAAUGGCCGGAUGUGAAGAGACCAUCAUCUUCCAAGUCACUAGGACAACUGUGGGAAGGAUGGGAGGGCUAAUCUCCCCCAACUGCUGGAGAGAGGAUAUCGGUGAGGAUAUGACCUGGCCAGAACUUGAAUCCAUGUACAGACUAAACGAAACCCUGUAUGAAUUCAGAAAGAAGUACAAUGCCAGCCUGGAGGACUGGAUGAACUUUUGAAACUCAAAUAGAUAGAACGUUUGCACUGUUCAGUGAAUUAAAUAGAUGCCGUGAAAUUUUGGGAACUGCUGUCAGGAAUACAAGUCUCUGAAAUCCACUAUUAUACCUGCUUUUUGCUUUGGAUUAUACCUCACCUGCUUCACGAGGCAUUUACAAGAAGUCACCACUAACACUACUCCAGGAGCUGACAGAAGAGGAAAUGCAGCUGCAUCCCAAAGAGGACUGUCAUCCCGGUGGGCAGCACCCACACCAAGACAUGGCCGUGGGAGGAAACUUGAAGGGCUUUUUGGCUCUGCUCCCUCUUCAAAUGCUGUAAGAUGAGAAAAACUGCAAAGCCAAGUGCAAGGGCAAAGCAAGAUUCCGAACCCCUGGACACUUCUGCCCCAACUGGAGUGUAGGUAAUGGUGGAAAGGAACUCUUAAGAGAGCAGCAUUGAAUAGUUUCAACAUCAUUAUAUUUCUCCCCUUUCCUCUGAGGAUGUUUUAGUUCAAUGUCUAUUUGUCCGUCCUUUUGACACCUCUAGGAACUCUAGAGAAAGUCUUGACUAACAGGAACCCAGAUUUUGGGGAGGGAGGGUUAUGUACAUACUGAUCAAUAUACUGUUUGAAAAUAAACUCUUUCAGGUUGUGAAGAAUUUUGUUAAUAAAAAGUGUGGAAUGUCCACAUAUUAUUUCUCAAAAUGUUACUUCAUGUCACAUAGAACAUCUCAGAUUUUU